AUGAAAUUAGAUAUUAAUUGUUGUGAAGAUGAUGACAUUAUGAAUUAAUUGUAUGCUAAUUUUAUUAUUUCUUAUUAGUUCUGAAAAUGGAUCGCUAAUCUUCCAGGGUUUUAGAUUAAAUGAAAAAGGAAUCAAAUAUCAUAAGUAAUGUAAAAAGGAUUAAAAAUAAUAAAAUAUUACCCUCAAUGACUUUCAACUUGUCACAAAAUUAGGAUAAGGUGGUUUUGGAAGCGUAGAAAAGGUCUAACUAAAAGGUACAUAAGAAAUGUAUGCAUUGAAAGUAAUUUUAUUUAUUUUUAUCAGAAAAUUAAAUUUCUAUCUGAUACUAAUCAAGAAAAGUUAUUGACUAGAGAGUUGGAUGCUUUAAUAUCUUGUGAAUCUGAUUUUAUUGUAUAAUGUUAUGGUGCAUUUUAUUCACAAGGAUAUAUUUGUAUAUGGCUUGAAUAUAUGGAUUUAGGAUCCUUGGAUAGGUUACUUUAAAAGGAUGGACUUAUCAAGGAACCCAUGAUGAUGAUGAUCACUUAUAAAAUAUUAUAAGGAUUAGAUUAUUUGCAUUAUAAACACAAAAUUAUUCAUAGAGAUAUCAAACCACAUAAUAUAUUGAUUAAUUCAGAAGGAAAUGUAAAAAUUGCUGAUUUUGGUAUUUGUUAAACAGUAUCAACUGGAUAAUAUUUGAAUACUUAUAUUGGCACAGCAAUAUAUAUGUCACCUGAGAGAUUACAAUCUAUGAAUUAUGGAAUGGAUGCUGAUAUAUGGAGUUUAGGUAUCAUGCUCAUAGAAUGUUUGAGUGGUCAACAUCCCUUUAAGUAUUGCUAAUUAAUUAAACAGGAAAAAGGAUUACUCGUAGAUUUAAUAAAUGAAACAGAUAAUGGAGUUUGAUGCCGAAUAAUAUCUAUAAGAAUAUAAUUGGCUACCUGAAACUAAAGAAAUUAUUUAAAAAUGUUUGCAUAAAGAUCCUAAAUAAAGACCAACUGUAAAAGAAUUAUUGCAAAGUAAACCAAUGUAAAUGGCCAAAAAUAUUAAUGAGUAAGUAUUUCAUUAGUGGUUAAAACUUAAAUUUAAACCAUGA